GCGAGGAAGAGAGGGAGAAAAGCCGGGCUGUUUGCAUCGCCCUCAUUAGAUGCAGCGAGCAUGGCGCCAAACAGAAAGUCUGUUUCGCCAUUAAUAGGUCAUCACCUUCCUUCCUGGAAUCCGUAGGCACAUCUGCACAAAAUCCAGCCCAGAGAUACAUACCGAUCAUCAACAGCAAGAGAGCUUUAGGGAUAGAGAGAGAGAGAGAGACUGUAGCAAGAGAUAGACAGAGAAACUGUAGAAGGAAGAGCACUAGAACACAACUACUAGUUAGUGGUUUGUUAGUAUUAGAUAGCUAGGCUCCAAGGUCCAUCACAAAUGACUAGCGUCCUAGAAAGAUUUGGUCAUGAGGUGGUUCGCUAGUGUGGAGGGAUAGAGGUGUUGCCUUGGCCGCUAGCCCUCUCCCCCGGCCCGGCCCCUAGAGUCAAACCGUAUUCCUAGGGCCUCCCUGCGGCCAGCCCGGCCGGGGAUAUAUACACACGUACGCCGCCUGCGCGCAGGCCGUGUCGGCGUGCGCCUGCGGUCGCCUCGCCAGUGAUCGGUCGACCGGCCAGGGCUCCUCUCAUCUCCUCCAUGGCGAGCGGCGGCAGCAGCGUCAGGGAGCAGCAGCAGGAGAUGAACAUCUCCUUCGGGAUGAUGAACCACCACCACGGCCACCACCACCAGCAGCCUCCGUCCUCGUCGUCCUCAUCCUCCAUGCAUGCGGCCGCCGCGAGCUUCAUGAGCGGCAAGGAGGCGUCAGGGGCGUAUGACCAUCUGGGGGAGCUGGACCAGGCCUUGUUCAUGUACCUGGAUCACGGCAGCGGCCAUGGCGCCACGCACCAGGAGCAAAGGCAGACACUCAACAUCUUCCCCUCCCAGCCCAUGCAUGUGGAGCCAUCGCCGAAGGGGGAGAUUAGUUUAGUCCUGUCCCCGGCGCCGGUGGGAUCCAAGCAGCCUAGGUCACCGGACCAUCACCAUCACCAGCAGGCCGCCAUGGAGGAGUUGGCGGGGAGCAGGAGGCUGCAGCAGGAGCACCACCACCUGCAGCACCAACCCUUCCCCGCUGCCGGGGCGGAGCCUGCAGCGCCCGGGAUGAUCAAGGAUGUGAAGCCACUGACCAAGAAGGAUCACAGGAGGGGCACAUCGACCUCUGAACGCGAUCCGAAAACACUAAGAAGGCUGGCCCAGAACAGGGAGGCAGCAAGGAAAAGCAGGCUAAGGAAGAAGGCUUACAUCCAGCAGCUGGAGUCCAGCAGGAUCAGGCUAGCUCAGCUCGAACAAGAACUGCACACUGCAAGAGCUCAGGGAGUCUUCUUCCCCAACAGCGGUCUCCUCGCCGACCAAGGCGUCGCCGGCAAAGGCGUCCCCAUCGGCGGCAUCGACGGCCUCAGCUCAGAGGCGGCGAUGUUCGACGUGGAGUACGGGCGAUGGCAGGAGGAGCACUACCGCCUGAUGUACGAGCUGCGGGCGGCGCUGCAGCAGCACCUGCCGGAGGGGGAGCUGCAGAUGUACGUGGAGAGCUGCCUGGCGCACCACGACGAGAUGAUGGGCAUCAAGGAGGGCGCCAUCAAGGGCGACGUCUUCCACCUCAUCUCCGGCGUCUGGAGGAGCCCCGCCGAGCGCUGCUUCCUCUGGCUCGGCGGCUUCCGCCCCUCCGAGGUCAUCAAGAUGCUGCUGAGCCACGUGGAGCCCCUGACGGAGCAGCAGAUCGUGGGCGUGUACGGGCUGCAGCAGUCGGCGCUGGAGACGGAGGAGGCGCUGAGCCAGGGCCUGGACGCGCUCUACCAGUCGCUCUCCGACACCGUCGUCUCCGACGCGCUCAGCUGCCCCUCCAACGUCGCCAACUACAUGGGCCAGAUGGCCGCCGCCAUGAACAAGCUCUCCACCCUCGAGGGCUUCGUCAGACAAGCGGAGAGCCUCCGGCAGCAGACGCUGCACCGGCUGCACCAGAUCCUGACGACGCGGCAGAUGGCGCGGUCGCUGCUGGCGGUCUCCGACUACUUCCACCGCCUCCGCACGCUGAGCUCGCUCUGGGUCACCCGCCCCAGGGCGCCGCAGGAGCAGCAGCAGGGCCACAGCUAGUGGCCGCGGCGGCGGCGCACGCAUGCGUCUAUGCAUGCAUAUAUGGGGCAUGCAUGGACGCAUGCAUGGUGUGCUCGUUCAUCGCCAGUUCUCAUCAAGAAGUGAAAAACCCAGCAGAUCGACGACCCAGACCAGCUUGCAGGUAGCUAGUCGUAUGUAGUAGCUUGCUAGGAGGGAGAGAGUGAGGUCGAGGAAUCGUCAUCAACAAAAAGGAUGUUAAUCUUAGCGACGACGACUGUACUCGUUGGACCAUGCAAGUGGAGGAGCUUAGCUAUAGCUAGGUGUGAUCGAUCGGUCGGUCGUCGGCUGCUCAUCAGUCGACGCGUCUGAUUGAUGUUUUUAACUAGUAAUCUGCUUAUGAUCGACUUUGGAGAUGAUGAGGCGUUUUAAUUAACUGCAUAUAUGCCAGCAAUCCCCGUUGUGCUUU